AUGGAGUAUGUGCAGUGUGCACAAGGUGACGGCGAUGAGGCUAUAUGGGGUUGUAUACCUAUGAGGUGUGGUGCUGAUUCUGCAGAUGGCUAUAACAUCUGUACAGAUCAACCAUCGGGUCACCCUGCAACCACCAUUUUAGUGACGGGUUUUGGCAUUUCCUUGUUCACCCUCCUACCCACUGGCAUACCUACGCACCUGCUCUCCAUCAAACCGCUACCGACACUCAUUAUCUCCGAUGUCUACUAUUCACCUUACACCAUACACCUGGCGAUAUCUCCUCCUACUCCUUCCGGCACUCCUAUCAGCAUUCCUUCCAGCACUCCUUCCAGCACUCCUUCAAACACUCCUUCUAGUAUCGUUACCAGCGACAAUAUCAAACCAGCUUCUGACGUGCAUUCCAACACCACCUCUACUACGACAACCAAUCCCUUCGGCCCUACCGCCUCGCCGCUAUCAACGAGCGGGCCAUCUUUGACGUCUUCCGCUCCUGUUCAAACGCACCCCAACUCCAUACCUGUCCAUGCUCCCGUAUCUCAUCCAGGGAUGAGAACAGGCACGACUGCAGGCAUCGCUGUGGGAGCUGUCUCACUUGCUAUUGCUUGCGCCGUCCUGUUCGUAUGGAUACGCCGCAGGAGACGUCGCCCAACGCGGUUAGUUGGGGGAGCGACUCCAGAUCUUGAAACCGCGACGGAGGAGAUCCGGCCCCUGUCCUUGCCCUUCCCACUUCAACCAAACCGGCGGACCCAGUCACUUGCUACAUUGGUCAUUGAGAGUCUCUCGGACAACGAUGGUUCCCUCGUUCCUCAAGCAGUAUCGGGUCUUGGCGUGUUAGUUCCUCUGGAGCCCUCGACCAGCAUGGCGCCGAUAAUGUCAGAGAAACACGCUAAUAGCACACACCGCAUCGCCGGACCUGUACAAGAUCCCGCGGAGACGGAUAGUGGAGCCUCGAGUAAUCGGGCUAACACGCAUACCGAGGGCAUGAGAAGGCACGAGACGGACGGAGGUGUCCGCCUUGCUGGUGGGCGAGCGGGGGACGUUCUCGACAAUGACCCUGAUGGCCGGCGCGACUCCGUGGGAUCUACCCUGCCCCCUCCCUACUCCGAUUUCUUGUGA